AUGAAGGUUCAAAAUAACAUAAUUAAGGAAGACCCUUUCUCUGUCUCCCAUAUUAUUGGUGAUAGACUCUUACAAGGAUGGACUUUACUAAAUGCAACCUGUCAUAUGUGUAAUAUAACCCCACUCAUAAAGCAAAAGAAUAAAGAAGAUCGAUAUUGUGCAAGGUGCGAUUUGUUUAUAAAAAUAAGAGAGACGUCUCAUGAGAAGGAAGAAAAAAGAAACGAUAUAUUAAACGAAGAAAUCACAAAAGACGAAAAAAAAGAUAAUGAUAAGGAUUUAUUAAAUGAAAAGGAAAAUGAGAGUAGUUUAAAUAAUGAUUCUUUAAUGUAUAUUAAGGAAAUAAAAUUACAAAAUGAAGAAUUUAAUAAUAUAUUGAAUAAAAAUAAUAUAUGUACAAAGGAUCUAGUAGGAGACCUUCUUGAAUAUAAAAAUUAUAUCAAGGAUAGGUGUGGAUAUAAUGUAGCUGAAUGGUUGAAUAUGCAAACCGUAAAAACAAAUCAAACAAACCAAACAAAUCAAAAAAAAAAAAAAAAUCAAACAAACCAAACAAAUCAAACAAACCAAACAAAUCAAACAAAUCAAACAAACCAAACAAAUCAAACAAACCAAACAAAUCAAACAAAUCAAACAAACCAAACAAAUCAAACAAACCAAACAAAUCAAACAAACCAAACAAAUCAAACAAAUGACAAAAAAGAAGAAGAUAUAUUAAAUUAUAUAAAAAAUAAAACGAAUGAACAAAUGAAUACAUGUAAACAUACAAAUAACCUUGAUGAAGAAUAUAUUUAUAAUGUACAUUCAAAAGAUUUACAUAGAAAAUAUUUUAAAAAUAUGUAUCAAAAUAAUCAAGAUGAAAAACAUGAAGAUAAUUAUAUUAACGUUUUACAACAUGUAAGAAGAGAUUUAAAAAUAUCAGAGGAAAAUUAUUUCUGCCCAUCAAAAUUACAUUCUAAUAAAUAUAAUAAAUUAGAAACAGAAUUUUUUAUUUUAAAUAAAACCAAAAAUGUUCUUAUGGAUAAAUUAGAAAAAUUUACAGAUAAAUUAAGUAAAAAUGAUAACAAAAAUGAAGAACUAGAAAAUAUUAGUCACCUUGUAACUAUUGUAACCAUAUUAGAAAAAAUUAACAACUUAAAAAAAUAUGUCAUGGUAUAA